AUGCCACUCUAUUCAAAUUUUUUGAUAGAUCUGUUAACCAAGAAGAGCAAGUACAUUCAUAGUGAUAAUAUUGUUGUGGAAGGAAAUUUCAGUGCAGUUAUUCAAAGAAUCCUUCCACCGAAGCACAAGGAUCCUGGGAGUGUCACAAUUUCCUGCUCUAUUGGUUCUGUGUCUGUUGGAAAAGCUCUCAUUGAUUUGGGGGCCAAUAUAAACUUGAUGCCAUUCUCCAUGUGCAGUAGACUUGGAGAGUUGGAGAUUAUGCCAACGAGGAUGACACUGCAGUUAGCAGAUCGCUCCAUUACUAGGCCUUAUGGCGUAAUUGAAGAUGUUAUGGUUAGAGUGAAGCAUUUUACUUUCCCCGCUGAUUUUGUAGUGAUGGAUAUUGAAGAGGACAUUGAAAUUCCCUUGAUCCUGGGACGUCCCUUCAUGCUAACAGCCAGUUGUGUGGUAGACAUGGGGAAAGGUAAAUUGGAAUUGAGCGUGGAUGGCCAGAAAGUUACAUUUGACUUAUUUGAGGCAAUGAAGCACCCAAAUGAUCAUAAGGCCUGUUUUAAAGUAGAAAAGAUGGAAAACGAGAUAGAUAUGGUAGCUAGAGCCAUGGUACUGCAGUCUCCACCAGAAAAAGCACUGAAUAACACUGUAGAAUGUUUGACCAUGGAAGAAGAAAAAGAAGUGCAGACUUGUCUUGAAGAAUUAGAUGAUGUAGAGGAAAAACCUGCUGGGCAUGUGGUAUUUGAAGGAUUGGAAAAUAAUAGGCCAGCAGAAAAAGCUAAAGUAGAAUUGAAGACCCUUCUUGAACAUCAAAAGUAUGUAUUUUUGGGGGAAAAUGAAGCCAAUCCGGUGAUCAUUAGCAGUUCUUUGAGGAAGGAAGAGGAGGAUCAACUGGUGAAGGUAUUGAAGAAACAUUAG